CAGCUCGCCGGGUGGUAACCAGCGAACAUUCCCACAUCUCUCCUGGCCAUUCCAUCACCCUCUGUGCUCAAACUGUACUGAUCCAUCUCGUUUCGUUCACAUCUAAAAAUGGUCCGCAUAGAAGUCGGCGGAAAGCCCAUCAUCGAUGUCGACACCGUACGAGGCGACUCAGCCCGUUUGAAAGACCAUUUCCGACAGAAAAUCAGAGGCAGCGGCCGUGCCGUCCACUUGAGCUGGAACACGACCGUGCCUCGCCUAGUUUUGACCAGUGACACUGACGACUUCGACCCGACUACCAUAUCACACUUUCAAGAGGAAGGCUUCCAGCUGAGUUACCUCGCUUACGAUGGGAACAAGGCCGACUAUAUGGCCAAAUUACAGCAUCUGCAAGAUCCGCUGGAACUUGGAGAGAAGUAUGCUAUUGUAGCCUACGGCGACGCCGCAGCCCACGUCCUGGAAGCAUGCAUGAAGCCCAUGCCGAAGCUGGUCGCCGUGGUGGCAUACUAUCCACCCUACAUGCCGCGCACGACGACCAACUUCCCCCCAACGCUCGGCGUGUUGAUCCACCUUGCCAGCUCUCAAAAAUUCGGCACCCGUCACCCAUCCUACCGGUAUAGCAACACACGCCCAGGCUUCGCCGAGUACGAUCUCGAAGAAUUCGACAAGAUCGCCGCCUCGCUCGCGUGGAGUCGCACACUAGGCUUGCUCCGUGAGUCUUUCGACAUGCAACCUCCCGACCUCGAGGCGCUCUGGGAAGCCCAAAUGCGCCGCGAAUUCGUCGAGAAGAACGCCGACAAGACUAUGGCCACCAUGGUGCCACAGCCAUAUGUCAACUACGUCCCCACGAUGACCGGCGGUAUCGGGCACGACGAGCUGCGCCGGUUCUAUGAGGACUUCUUCAUACCCAACAAUCCGCCGGACUUCUUAAUCAAGUUGCUCAGUCGGACAGUCGGGGUAGACAGAGUCGUCGAUGAGAUGUUCGUCAAGUUCACGCACACAACAGAAAUGCCGUGGAUCCUACCUGGCGUGCCGCCAACGGGGAAGAAAGUUGAGGUGGUGCUGGUGAGUGUGGUGUGUAGCAGGGGAGGGAAGUUGUUCCACGAGCAUAUCCACUGGGACCAGGCGUCGGUGCUGGUGCAGGUGGGGUUGAUUGAUCCAAAGUUGAUACCAAAGACAUUCAAGACGGCGGAGGAGGGGCGGGAAGAGGAGGUCGAGAGGUUGCCGGUUUGUGGGAGAGAGGCGGCGAGGAAGGUGCUCGAUGAAGACAGUUCGAAGAGCAAUCGAUUGAUUCCUGAUUGGUGAUUCUCGAGGAGAAUUAGACCAGCAUGAAGGGACAUUUCCUGUCGGUCUUGGGUUCAGAUGUGCCGGGACGCGAAGGACGGCUUGGUCGGCGGAAAUGUAUCCUUAGCCUGCUUUGUUUAUGAUUGUGACCUUGAUCCACGACCAUGAUAUCCG